GUUACGGUUCUCACGUCCAAACGUUCUUCUCGAGCCGUUUGAGCCAACCACCACUACAGUUACAGUUAGAUCUAUGCCCGGCACACUUCCUUGCAUCGCGGCUUGUGCCUCAACUUUGGUUGAUUUGCGGUGAACGUUCUUCCUGAUAUUCUUCCAUAACGAUAACUCGCACUGUGAAAUAAAUUCCAAAUUAUUUUAAAUCACAGUUAUAUUGAAUAAGGUUUUCAUUGAAGGCAAGUAGUGGUCAUUUUGUUCAGUGGUACCAUAAAAUGGGAUUUAUUGGAUUUUUUACUACCUACUGCAUUCAGGAGUCAGUGUCAGAACUUCAAUAAUGUUCUCAGCAAUUGCAUAUAGACUGUCAACAACUUUUUUGGAAGAACAAAAGUUGUGUCCACUGCGCGCCGCCAACAAAGCCAUGUCGAAGAAGCCGGCAGCGCAGCCCACGCUGCACAAAGUCAUCAUGGUGGGCUCGGGCGGCGUAGGCAAGUCGGCGCUCACACUGCAGUUCAUGUACGACGAGUUCGUGGAGGACUACGAGCCCACGAAGGCAGACAGCUAUAGGAAAAAGGUGGUCCUAGAUGGAGAAGAGGUGCAAAUAGAUAUCCUGGAUACAGCGGGUCAGGAGGACUACGCCGCUAUCCGGGAUAACUACUUCCGCUCCGGCGAAGGGUUCCUCUGCGUUUUCUCCAUCACGGAGCCCGAGAGCUUUGACGCCACGCAGGAGUUCAGAGAGCAGAUCCUGCGCGUGAAGAACGACGAGAACAUUCCGUUCCUGCUGGUCGGCAACAAGUCGGACCUGGGCGACAAGCGCCGCGUGCCGCUGGACGCGUGCCGCGAGCGCGCCGCGCACUGGCAGGUGCCCUACGUCGAGACCUCGGCCAAGACACGCGACAACGUCGACAAGGUGUUCUUUGACCUGAUGCGCGAGAUCCGCUCGCGCAAGUCGGACGACAGUCGCGCGACUAACGGCGACGUGAAGAGGAAGCCGCGCAGGAAAAUCAAAUGCGCCAUUUUGUAGGUCCCGACGCGACUGUCGCGGAGUGCGCGCGCGCUCUGACGGGACUGCGUUUAAUGUAACGGUCUAAAGGACUCCGCCGCUAGUGUGUUUAGUGCGGUUAGUGCAGUUAGUGCGGACGCCGACGUCGGCGAUGUGUCGUGUUCUAUGCAUAUGUGCGUUUUAGUGUCGACCUACAUUGGCUACGAUGCGAGUGGUGCAGAUAAAUCGAAUAUGGACUUUAUCUUACAAAAAAUAAGAUGCAUAUUUUAUAAAAGUAUAUUGUUUGAAAUGCGUUGGCUACAACUCAUGUAAAUUACUCAUUCGUUGUUUUAAAAGUAUUAUCUGAUUGGGAUACGAAGCAAACGUAAGGUUAAAGCGUAUUCAUUAUAACAAUCAUAGCAUCAGACAAUAUCUUUUUUACUUUAAUAAAAUUAUUGUCUUAAUGGCCUUUUCAUGUUUCACAUACAUGUUCGCUGCAUUUGUUUUACCGAAUAAUGCGUUUAGCUGUGGCAUUAAGCAACGUCGCAGCAAACGCUCGUGCGAUCUCUGCGGUCGAUUGUCAUGUCCAGCCUUUCGUACUGUGCAGUGCUGCGCAGCUUGAUCUGUGUACCGAAAAGAUACACGCUGUUUUACUGAAAGCUAAAAAAAAAGCUAAAGUUCACAUGCGUGAGACCAAUCGCAGGACUAGUCCAAACCGGUCUUUUCUGUUAUUGGGUGUACGACACCACGGGCGUAGGUUUAACCACUUGGUUUCUUCGCUUUAGCAUAUAUCGACAGUUAUGCAUCCUAUAUUUACCACAAUAAAGUCUAUAUUCGAUUACUGCACAUACUUCGACCCACUGCUAUUGCAAGUCGGCCCUUAAUACUCGGUUUCUGAUUCAAUGUUGCGUGAGGGUUGUCACUGAUUGUCUCACUGUCACUGUUAAGAUGGAAACAUACUUUAAACAUCGCGUUUAAAGUAUGUUUCCAUCCUUACGCUCUAGUAUUAAAUAUGAAGCGGCAAGGCUAUGCAAUGCGUCACGAUUUGCCCUAUUUGGUGCUGGUACUGUAUUGGAAUACUGUUCAUGAUGAGCCAACAUAAAGGAUCAGUGAAGGUAUAUUAGAUUAGAACCAAUACUUUGAAAAAUCACUUGUAUGUGUAGGCUGCCGUGCUUCGAUCCCAUAUUGAUAGAGUAAUAAUUGUAACGAAGCUCUAGCUGUUGUAUUUCAGUUUUUUACUUAAAGCAACAAGGUCUAUUUUGUCAAUGUUUAUAUUUACAGUAGAUUUUAGUCAGAGUUCUAUUUCUCUUUAACUUAUAUAACUUUUCUUUAUAUACUUAAUGAAAAAGCUAUAUGAAUUUGUAUCGUAUGAAAAAUUACGUCACAUUUCAAACAAUAUUUGCGGGUCUGUUACCCAGCAGAAGAAAUUGAAUAAAGUUUCCCAUUUUCUAUAAUUAGCGUACAUCAUGAACAGAAUUCUAUAAAUAAAUUAUUUGUUAUAAUAGAAGCAUCGCGUUUGCAUGUUAUUUUUAUAUUUUCCUAUUUGAAAUGUUCAAGGUCGCAAGGUUUAGUACACACUUGGCCGAUCAGAAUAAUUGAUCUCCUGAUAAAACAGCUACCUGUUAAUAAUAUUUUCGAAAUGAGUAAAAGUGUAAAAAUCACAUAUUAUUACAUAGUAUUUAAGCUGAGCGCAAAUCUAAUCGUACCCCAUUUUGUAAUAAGUUUCUAGCCAUUUGAGGUAUUGAUUACGUAAGUUUUAAAGUUGAGUUAAAUAUUAGACAGAAGUAACACUUACAUUUAGUAUUUUCCGUAACACUGACAAAUUAAUGCUACUCUGAGACCUAUUUGUCUUAUUUUCUUGAUAUUUGUCAUCUCCGGCAGCAUAACAGAGGUAUGUAGAAAGUAAGCAUAUUUUUCACUGGGCAAUUGCUAGCAUGUCCUUUGCUCAAACGGAUCAUUCCGUUAUUCAGCCCUAGGGCAGAUACGCGGAAACGCACGCUCGUCAUAAUUCACUUCCGAUUGUUCUUUUGACUAUUUACCCCCAGUAAAAAUAAUUUAUACACCUUCAUAAGUUUUUCCAUCGAAACUGCUCGAUUUUGAACAACUAUUAUACUUGUCAAUAUGAAACAAUAGAUACCAAAAUUAUAAUAUGGACCAAACCAAGAAUUAUAAAUAACAGGUACGUGUGUGGAAAUCGGUCUGUGAAAAUGAAAUCACAUGUCACAACAAAAAAAGGGGAAGUACUUUUGUUAACGCGUAGCAUUAAGGUCUUCUUCUGCGAAAUAUAGAUUAGAUGUGUUCGAUGAGAUCAAAAUUGGAGUAGCGUGAUGGGAUUGAGCCUUGUGAUGUCGGGUGCUGUUAGAUGUGCGAACAGCUUUUUACGAUUGUCAAAAUGCCAAGUAAACGUGUUUAGGUCGCAAACAAUACCUUUUAGGAUAAUUUUCUGUAUUUAUUUUAGAAUUUAAGUGCUAAAUGUUUUGUGUCAAGCGUAAAUGUUGUGUUUAGUGUUUAUAGAAAUGGUCCUUCGAGCCGGAUAAGCGUUCAAAAGCGUUUGAUUUUCUAAUCCUACUUUUCUAAAGCAGUGGUUCUAUAACAUUUGCUGCAAUAGGAGGGAAAAGGGGUGAUUAGGGUUGGGUUUCUAUAAACGCUAACUAUUGUGUAAGUGAAUGCACUGCUCACUGAAUGAUAAUUAUUAUUUCAUAUCGCUUUUUAUUUCGAAUUUAGUCUCAUAAUUAUCCCCAAUUAUUAUUUAGUUCCAAUUUAGAUACAACGGUAUUGUCGCUUAUAUCAUUCUAGAUUCUAAUAAAUGUUGUAAAUGUACAAUUGUAUUUUAAGCGAUUUUUAAAUCUAUUUUAUAGUACCUAGAGUAAUUAAUCGCAGCGCAUAUUCUCAAUAAAACAUCUACAGAUAUGCUGACACGUCUGAUGCGACAAAUUCCAGUGGAAAUUUCCUAUUUCCCUUCGGAGCCAUUAUUAUAAUAUUUGCUCAGCCAGUUGCCUAAAAUUUAUGAAGAAUGAAUAUGGAAAUCCCAUACAAUUCCCAUACAAUCAUGAAAAAAGAGCCGUUAGACUGACUUUAUAAGUUAUAUGUGUAACUGUCGAUCGGUGGUCUUUUAUUUCGUACCUUGCGAUGGCUUCUAAUGAAAUUGAUGUGGGUUGACUAGCCCCGACAUACAGGCGUGCGAUCAAGUCGCCUGCUGACUUACAUGUAAGUUGACAUAUCUGUAGAUGCUGUUAUAAAUUAAAUAAAGCUAUUGCGCUUAUUUAAUCUAUAAUUUAACGACCGAAAAUGAUCAAAUACACAAUUUCAUUCCACGAAAUUUACAAAUCGUUCUACACAGCCGUGUAGUGACAUUGCCGUCACGCAUUGUGUUUGUUGAUGUUUAUUCAUGUUCCAUAUAACUCAAUUCAACGGAGAUAAUCGAAUGCAUCUAUUUGCAGGGUUAAACAAUCAAACCGAUAAAUAAACCUAUGUGUUCAUUAAACUUUCUCAUCGCUUGCAUGUAAGUGUGCUUCCAUUUUAAGAUUAAUGUCGCUCACUACCAGGUGAAGGCGCAGUCAAGCGGAUAUUUAUAAAAACAAAUACAAAUAACACCCCUAAAACGUCCGUGACACUGCACGACUGUGCAGGAAUAUCCUAUUUAUUCGAAUCAUGGAUAAAAAUUACAUCCGUUUCCACAAACAUUGUUAUGCUGUCUCACAUUUCAUCUGGUCUCAGGGAUGAGAUCAUUACGGCAUUAAAGUGUGACGUCAUCAAUCCCACUUCUGAUGUUAGAAACUUUAAUAGUCUGGCUGGAUGUACACAAUGAGCCUUCGUUGUAGUGUUUGUGGAUACGCGUGUCGGUUAGUAGAUUUUUGUACGACAUAAUAAUAUUAGCUAAACUAUAAUAUAAUGUAAUCACAAGAUGUUAUUUUCUUUAUAAAUAUAUUAUGUAUUGUACUGCAAUGUACGCGAAUUGUACGCCUGGUUUUGUCUAUUAUCCGGCUUAUUUAGAAGGGGUGCUACACCUGUAUACGAAACCUGAUAUAAAUUGACACGUUAAAACAUCUUGCCGUCCUGUUCCGCAGAAAACGUUGUGAAAGGGAUGGCACUUAUGUGACUCGUCCGAUCCCGGGAUUUCACAAACAUUUUGGUGUGAUGGUUUCAACGUGAUCUGAAACGUAAUCGUGUUCUUGGUUUCGAAGUAAAAAAAUGUCAUGAAGGCAUUUUUGAUAACCUGUCUACUAAUAUGUACAAGCGAUCAUCAUCGUACUUUAAAAUUUAAAGAGCUUUGAACAUUUGAGCCCUAUUUCAUUUAUUUUUUUCAACAUAGCCAGGCUAAAGUAUUCAAAUCACUGACAGAUUAACCAGGUUCAGGUUUAGGUUCCAGUUAAUUUAACUCAAUAAUGUUUUGUUAUAUAAGUGGGCAACAACUUCUUUUAUGACUUAUUUAUUACAUUAAUAUAAUGAUAACAACAUUUUUAUCUUUUCAUUCUAGCAUUACCUGUUUUGUAAUAACAUUCAAUAAAAAAAUACUCCAAAACAGUAACUCACGAAACUGCCAAAAGUACUAACAUCAUAAAAGUGAUUUUACGUGAACAUUAUAGGGAAAACUUGUAUAGAAUAUUACAGAAUGAAGUCUGUAUAGUACGUUUAAUAUUGUAUAAUUGAUAAUAUAUAAUUUAUAAUAGUAAUAAGAUGGUGCGCCGUAUUUAGGUAAACCUAUGAGAGCCAGUUUUUAGGCUUGCAAACAUUGUAACCCAACACGUGUUGAGUUAAAUCAAAUCAUCACAUCCUCAUAUUAAGAAUUAUGUUAAAGUUCUUUGGUUCAAUUCUCGGAUUUGGAGGUGGGAGUUUACGGUGCAAAUAGUACAUCCUGUCAGCGAAAUCGUACUGCCAAGCUGUUUUUUGUUGCGGUUAGUUAGAAAUCUGCUACCCACGCCCAACAGCCUUAGUACGAGAUUAGUACGCUCAUUACGUAUAUGUUACGUACGUAAACGUUAGAGAUUGUAAAUUGUACUUAUUUAUAAUGUAUUAAAAGAUUUGCUACAAUUCUAGAGCGUUUGCUUUUGGCAUAAUAAAAAUCUGAAGAAUAGAAUUUGGGAAAACAAAACGUUAUCGGUAAAUUUUGCUAGCAGGUUUUUUUUCGAUACGCGAAAUUGACAACGUUUGCCUGCGUUCAAAUUUUUAACUAACUAUGGACAUGUCAAUUCUGGUGUUUGUAGUGUGAAAGAAUUAAGAUCAUUACACGAGGAAUCGCUCAUGUUACAGGAGACAUCUUUAACAUGCGAAGCCAAAGCUAAGGCAGUUACAUGUACUGUUUGUCCAUACAAAUUCUGUUGAUUACAAAACAUAAGCCUAGUUUAAGCCAGUAUUCCAGUAACCAAUUUUCACGAACGCUACGAGUUGUAUAAGAGGUGAAGAUGGGAAAUGCAGUUCAGCGACAACUAUCUGACAGACUGUGUGACUAAUGCCCGUUUUCACCUAGGAAUAGCCUUAAUCGGAUGCCUAGUGAUUUCGAUGAUUCCUAAAAAAAAACUUACAAGAACUCUAUGUGAUGGUUAACGACGUUAGGCGUCAUUUAAAAUUACGACACCGAUUCGGUGGAUUGUCAAGUUUAGGGGACUCGUAAACUGCACUUGACAGAUGAAAAAAAUAUUAAUUCAGUUUCCUUUAAUAACGAUAUAUAUCCGUAUCAUACAAAAAAUGAAAAUUACGAUAAUAUAAACACAAAAUACCACACCUUGUGGCAAGAACCAUAGACAAGUUAGGUGAUAUGAGUUGCCUAGUGUACUUUGCUUGGUGAAUGGUAAAUGAAAACCUAGAAAUCUUUGAUUAGGCGGUACUUACUUAGCAUGGCCUGGUCCGUCGUUAGUGAAAACGGGCAUAAGAAGCUUCUAUAAAGUUAGGUGUUAUGAACACAAGUGUAUGUUAAGGCCUAAUUGAACGUGAAACUACCUGGGUUUGCCUUUUAAUUAAAUCUGAACUAGCUAUGGAAAGAAAAUGAAGCAACAUAAGAGUAUGCAACAUAAAGUCAAAUAGUGUAUUUUACAAAUGAAUCGCUAUUAUAAUAAACAGUAGUUAACAAAAAAAUUUGCUCAAUCUCUCUCCAUAUUUAAUGAUACCUUAAUUUAAGUAAUAUAAAAACUUAAUUUUCUAUCUAAAUUGUAAAAAAAGAGACGAAAAAAUUAUAUUCAUAACGAAUAUCACAAAAAUCUUAAGGCUAAAUUUCACGAGUAUUCAUUGUAUUUAAGUAAAAAAUUGCGUUACAUUUUAUGGCCCACUGGGCUACAAGUGACUAGUCUAUCUCUGACGCUUGAUGUGCUCGGACGUCUCACCUAAAAUAAAUUAAUCUCAAAAUGCCUUCAUACUUAAGACUGUAAGAAUGGUUAUUAUUUCGUGGCUUAAAUACGGUGGCCUUUUAAGCGUUGGGAAUGAUUAUGUUCAUUAGUUACUUUAUGUUAUACAACGUGUAAAUGAAAAUCGAAAUAAUGCUUUACAGGCUUUAAAGGUACAUUAUACUGUGUCUGAGAAUUAUGUGUGAAACCGAAACACUAAUAGUUUUUGAGUACCACGUCGCAUCAAUAAUACUCCUUGUGUAACUAACUAAUCGAGUUACAAACAUAACUUUAAAGUAAAGUAAAUCUGUCAAAUUUGUUCUUAGUUGACAAAUUAUAUUGAAUUCCACAUAAAAUGACAGAUUUAAGCUAACGUGGUUAUGAACGUCAUAACCACGUUAGCUUAAAUCUGUCUGUCAGUUUACUUGAAAACUUACACAACGCCCUAAGUUAAUAAUCCUAAAUAUUUACACGACGGAUUUAAUUUAGUAGUGUUAUAUUUAUCGACAGCGAAGAGUAGGAAAAGGAUAGGAUUACUCAGUUCAAUCUGCCGUCUGUAGAUAAUGGAUUGGAUUGGUAUUAUUAAUUUAAGGCGUGUGGCUACUGAUUGAAUGACGUUUUCUCGACACUUAUGUUGUUGGCACACUUGUUAAUUGAUGCAUCUAUUUAUCUAUUAGUACUUUUCUAAAGUAGUAUUCUUUUAAAUAAUUGUUUACAUAACCGUAGCAUUGAUAAAAAACUUAUUAAAAUUAUAAUUUAUAGACAAUGGUUUUAAUAGACACUGAAUUUUAAAUUCUAUUAUCCAAUUUCGUUGGUUUACAAAAGUAUGCCUCCGCGUAUAGUGCGAAAUCCGUCGGGAAUCGAUGUCGACGUGGUUUUUUAUUGCAUCGCUAGAUAUCUUAUGCUAUAUGUAAUAUAUAUAUAUAAAUAAUUAUUGUGAUUAGAUAUAUUCGUAUAAUUGUCUGUAAGUACGUAUGUAUAAUGUAUAUGCAAUGUAUAUCCGCUCCACAGAUACAAGUUUAUAAUGAAAUGAAAAGACAAGCAAAAAUUAUACUGAUUUGCAAAA